GUCACAUCCGUUUCCUCGAUGCUGAAUGUUGGAGUGCAAUGGCGGCGUGCCGGGGAUCCUCGUCGAAAUGGUUUUUCACCCGGGAGCAACUCGAAACCACACCGUCCCGCCGUUGUGGAGUAGAACCAGACAGGGAACUCUCCUACCGACAACAAGCGGCUAAUCUGAUCCAAGAUAUGGGUCAGAGACUCAACGUCUCUCAAUUAACAAUAAAUACAGCCAUUGUUUACAUGCAUAGAUUUUAUAUGCACCACUCUUUCACCAAAUUCCAUAGGAAUAUAAUAUCUCCAACCACUUUAUUCUUGGCCGCCAAAGUGGAAGAACAACCUCGGAAACUCGAACAUGUGAUCAAAGUGGCACACGCAUGCCUAAAUCCCCAAGAACCACCUCUCGACACGAAGAGUAAUGCAUACCUCCAGCAAGCUCAAGAGCUGGUGAUACUUGAAUCCAUAGUGCUGCAGACCCUGGGCUUUGAAAUUACUAUUGAUCACCCACACACUGAUGUGGUGAAAUGUUCCCAGCUAGUGCGAGCAAGCAAGGAUCUGGCACAGACUUCCUAUUUCAUGGCUACCAACAGUCUACACCUCACCACCUUCUGCCUCCAGUACAAGCCCACAGUGAUCUCCUGCGUGUGCAUCCACCUGGCGUGCAAGUGGUCCAACUGGGAGAUCCCAGUUUCCACUGACGGGAAACACUGGUGGGAGUACGUGGACAACUCGGUCACCCUCGAGCUGCUGGAUGAGUUGACCCACGAGUUUCUGCAGAUUCUGGAGAAGACACCCAGCCGGUUAAAGAGGAUACGCAACUGGAGGGCCACACAAGCUGCCAAGAAGCCCAAGGGCGACAGCUCUCAGUUGACCGACAACUCGUUUCCCGGGCCUUCCAUGCUCCAUGAUCAUGGCGAUGCACCGCUCUCCGUCACCUCAAGUUUCUCUAAAGCAAGCGGCGCUUUCACCGCCAUGCCCGGCCAGUCCCUGGACACCUUGGCCGGGACGUACAACCCAGCUAGCCACAGCGAGUGGCCCCUGGUCAACCAGAGCCAAGCAGGUUACCCUCCCACCUGUAUAAAACAGGAACCCCUCAGCAUCCCUCUCCAAGAGCCCUCUUUGCUUCAGCAUCCGUCGGCAUACAGGACUGAGAAAACGUUAGACUUCAUCCCUGUCAAACAGGAACCAAAGGGAGCUGGUGGGAGCGGAGUGGGCAAGCAUCAGCCUCAGUCUGCCAACCCUCUGCCAGCUCAGCCUCCGCAACCGUCUCCAGCUCAGAAGCUCUCCCUGGACAAAUACAGAGAGAAACACGCUGCGGAGCUGGUGGUCUCUGGGCAGAAACGCGGUCUGGAGCAGCACGGGGGAAUAAUGGAUUUCGAUGUGAGGGGGGAUAUGUUAUCUUCCUCCUCUUCUACCUAUGCAUCAUCCUCUUCUGCGAGCCAAGUAGACUAUAGAAAGCAUUCACAGCUCCACCAAGCAUCCCAUGGUGGUGGUGGGAGCACCACCGCCUCCCCAAUGAAAAUCAAAGUCCCCUCCUCGACUUCAGGGCAAGAUAGACGUCACCACGGUGACAAACGGGACAAAGGCUCGCUUAAACUCCGCCUGGCCGUCCCUGGGUCUGGCGGCAGCUCCCAGCUGGAUAGAAGUGGACAGCCAAUCAAAGAUGAACUUAAGAUGAAGAUAAAAGUCUCGUCGUCCGAGCGCCACAGCUCAUCAGACGAGGGCGUGGCCAACAACAUCAAGAGUAAACAUUCCAGCCCUCUGGUGAGCAAGGAGAAACACCGCGGAGCAGAUCAAAGCCUCCAUCGCCACCACAAGCACAGUCACCAACAUCCACACACGCACAGCGGGAAUGGUGGGGCAGGCCCGCUACGGGGCCCACCAGGACUGAUCGGCAUGGAUGGGACUGCGCUCCCUCCGCCCGCAUCCGCCUCGUUGUCGUCAUCGCGCAAGAGGGUGUACCCCGAGGCCGGCCACAACCACCACCCUUCCUCCUCAUUCUCCACUUCAUGCUCCAAAGUGAGCAAAAUCUCCAAGGGUGGCACUGGUGCUGCAGGUGGGCUGCGGACCUCUCAGCAGUACCCUCCUCCUAGCGAAUCGCCACAUGAAGUGGGAGAGCAGAGACACUGAGUCCACCGCUCUGCAGCCAUGGCCAGCCCAUGGAAAUGGCAACAAACUACCCACACAGCUCAGACUAUGCUCACCUCCCUGUUAAGUGCCCUAAGGAAACAACUCUUUGUCAUGAUAAACCCUUUACUGAAAGGCAGAAAAAUAACUUAUCUUCAAAAAAGAUAAGUAUUGUUGGACUUCUCAAUUUCUGAGAGACAAGAAAGAUGAAAACAGAAUUAUGCUUCCUGUCAGAUCUCUGGGCUGUGACACUCAGUCCUGUAUUUCUGUUUGUGUUGAAUCGCUGCUUGGUUCUCCUUCCUCCUCAAAUGAGUCUAGGAAUGUGCAAAAGUGUGUUUUCACCGCUGGGGGAAAGUCUUCCCUACAUUUCAGAUCUAAACAUGGGAAAAAAAAGUAUUACAAGUACUAUAAGAGGCAUGGAAGGUGCACCUUUUUUUUCAUUUUCGUCAAUUUUUUUAAAACAAGUAAUUUAAUUGAAUCACAUUUCUGCGGUUAUAUGGAGGAAGCCAGUGGCCAGCUGGAGAUGAGUUCAAGUUAUGUUUGCUGGCAUUCCAUUUAGUACUGUUGAUGGAUGCAAUUAUUAUUUUUUUAGGUGUAAAGUUUCAUCUCCUCAAUUUCUUUCUUGUUGUGAUUUCUUUUUAUACUUCAGUACUGUGCGUAUGAUUUGCAUGUUUCAAUCAUCAAAGGGAUUUAAAAGGAGAACGCGUACUUGCUGUUUACAGAAAGUGGAGAUAAAUGUACAUACGUUUUUGUAUGUUUAAAGAAAAAAGAAAAAAAGCUAUACCAUGACUACUCAGGUUUGGAGCUGCUUGUAAGUAUAACAAGAUAACUAUAAUACCUAUAAAAUACUUUUAUUUUGUUGAUCAACGGAUUGGGCAUCGUUGGGUGAAUGAUUGCAGCAUUCCACUGGUGUGUGUGUGUGUGUGUGUGUGUGUGUGUGCGUGUGCGCGUGUGUGUGUGUGUGUUUCUACCAACCUUCCUACAGGGGAUGCUGUACUGUGCUUUUCCAUCACAGGGAAGAUCAGUUGAUGCCCUCAGUAACGCAGGCACAUCUAACACCUACUUAUCACAUCGGAGCCAUGCAAUUUGUACCAAAAAAAUAUUUUUUGGGACCUAUAAGUGGACCUUAAGCUAGAUGCCAAAGGUUGUGCCUCAAAAGAAGAAAACAACUAACAAAGACAGUAGUAGUGUGCUAUUAAAAUUUACAUAACCCUUUUUACUUUGAAGGGCAUCAGACAUAAUUUUAUGACAUGAAGCUGUACCCCUUAGAUGUCAGCAGGGGAUUCAUGCAAGUAUUGUUAAUCAGCCAUUAACAUAGUACUAUAUAGGAAAAAGAAAAUACCCUUGCUGGCUCAGAGCCCUUCAACAGUUGUCGGAUUAGUGACCAAUUUUCAAUAUGCAACAUGACCUGCUGAAUAUCGUUUAUAAACCUCAAGUAUCUGAAGUGUGGACGUCCCUUAUAGGUUUUGUCACUGAUGCCCUCAUUAACAUUUACAGCCAUGUACCUGUCUGGACAUGUCUCAUCACAACAGUUUCAUACAUUAAACUCCAUAUUGUUCCCAGAUUUAGACCUGACCGCCUCCUCUGUUCUUCACCGGGUUAUUCAAAAUACUUGAGCCUGAGGCCGUUUGGACCCAUUACGGAUCAACGGU